AUGGUGAUGCAGCAAAUGGAGGCUGCGAGACUGACUUCCGAGGCUGCUCAAAGAAAGCAUAUGGAGGCUCUCCACCAGUUAGAGAAGAACAUGGUUGGUGCUCCAGUGUACGAUCCUCACCCCCAACCUCCACCCCUUGAAUGGAGUUUGGAAGAUUUCUUGAAGCACCAACCUGCCAAGUUUGAUGGAAAGACGAGUCCCGAUCAGGCAGACCAAUGGAUGAAAGACAUGGAACGCAUCUUCGAUGCCAAGAGGUGCCCGAAUAAGAGCAUACUUGCUUUCACUGUCUACAUGCUCACAGGAGAGGUUGAACAUUGGUGGGUCAACAUGAGGCUGGUCAUGAAGGAGAAGCAUGAACAGCUUACACAGGGAGACAAAUUAGUGGUCGAGUAUGCUGAGAGGUUCAAGCUCUUGGGGCGCUUCUAUACCAUGGCACUUGAUAAGGAGUGGCGAUGCAAAAAGUUCGAGAAUGGACUACGGGGAGAUAUCAGAUUGAUGGUGGCACCACCCUCCAUCAAGGACUUUGCAGCUCUAGUGGAGAGAGCUCAAGUUAUGGAGAGAAUGAAGACUGAGGUAGAGGCUCAACAAGGUCAGCAACAGAAGGUCAGUGGAUCAUCUGGGUCCAGACCUAGAGUGGAGGAAAGGAAGAAACCCUAUGCUAGGCCGCAACCUCAGGUGGAUAGGGGUUUCACAUCUCAGCAGUUGUUAGUGCCUAGAUGCUAUCAGUGUAAUGGACCACAUAUGAGGAGUGCAUGCUCGCAGUUGGGCUUGGACAUGAUCUUGGGAAUGGAUUGGCUCUCUGCCAAUCACGUUCUCAUUGAUUGUCGGGAGAAGAAGUUGUUGUUCUCCGACUCAGAGGAACCUGAGUUGUUUUCUUCUCAUGGUGUUUUGAAGGAGAUCAAGGACGGCACACAGUGCUUCAUGAUCUUUGCCUAG